UUUCCUUCAAUUUCCAUUUUGACAGUAAUUCAAUUCAUCAUAAUGUAUGCUUCAACAGAAAAUGGCCAUAGCCUAUGGAGAGAAAUUAUUGAAUCAACAAAGAACAUAUACAAAUCUCAUUUUGGCCAUUUUCAAGCUAUUUCAAUCCUCUUCCUCUUUCCCAUCACUUUUUCUCUAAUUGUUUAUCCUUCUUUCCACCUUGCCAUCUUUCACCCUGAUUACCACUUCGUGGUUUCAAGUUUCGAAAUUAUAAUACUUGUACUGUAUGCUCUGUUUUUGUCCCUCUUUUUCAUAUGUGGAGUAGGCACUACUCUAUAUAGCGCGGUUCAAGUGUUCUACUAUAGACCGAUCAACGUCGUUUCGUCUAUUAAAUCUCUCAGAAACUCCUUUUUUCCCCUUCUCUCCACCUUUAUAUUAUCGCAAACCAUUUUCAUCUCAAUCAAUCUUCUUUUCGCCCUGAUUUUGGCUUUUCUAACCCGAAUUCUCAAAUUCGACUCGAAUCAUUCGUUAUAUUUGGUUAUUUUCUCAUUAAUCGUGCUUGUACCAAUUCUGAUUUGGCUACAGGUGAAUUGGUCUUUAUCUUAUGUGAUAACAGUAGUUGAAUCGAAAAAGGGUUACGAGACAAUAAGGAGAAGUAUGAAAUUGGUGAAGGGGAAGAGAUGGGUAGCUUUUGGGAUUCUUAUGUAUUACGUACCUGUGAUUGUAUUUAUGGUGGUUUGCUGUGCCAUGCUUUUAGAGAAAGGCGAACAGUGGAGGAGUUUCAGGGGGAUAUUACUGCCUCUGUUGUGUUCGGUGAUGGGAUAUAUACUGAUGAAUCAGUAUAUUGUGGUGAAUGUGGUGUUGUAUAUGCAGUGCAAGGAAUUGAACGGUGAGAAAUUCUCGUCGGAAAUUGUUGCUGGUGAGUAUGUUUCCCUGCCAUUUGAAGAAGAUGAGAAGAAUCAUAUUGUUGUGUAGUAAUUUGGUAUGUUCAUUGAAGAGAUGUAUGAGUCAAAUGGUUUUGCUCUGUUUAUCUUGUUGUUGAUUAUUGAAUAAAGAACGAACGUAUAGUAAUUAGUAGUUGUAUUGAUAUGUAAAAAAUAUGGAUAUCUUGUGGGAAACAUGGUAUAUAUGUGCAUUGCACGGCAUAUGAGGAGGCCAGGAAUUUGACUAAACGUGUAAAAUCUAUCUUAUAUGUUCCUUGACGGAUGUAUUUUGGUUUGGGCUAUCUUGUCAGACAUUGUAAUUGUUUAAAAAUUGUCACUGAUUUGAGG